AUUGUUGGGGGUGGCCACGUCGCCCUCGAGAUACAUAGUAAUGUUUCUACAAUUGGAACACCUUUCUUUUAUCCACUCUUUUUUUCUCUUUCAAUCUUUCUUCGAAAUUCUUCGAAACUCUUUCAAUCUAUCUCUCUAUCUAUACACAAUCAUCACAACUCCUUUCAAACCCCCAACUCCCCUCUCCUUUUCCCAACUGUACCUUUCACAACUCAACGUUUCAUUGCUGCAAAGAUUCCCCUGUGCUUUCACUCCCAAAUUGAAUUCACCCAAUUUUUCCAAAACCCUUUUAUUAAUUUUAUCAUCCCAGAUCGCACAGAAGAGCAAUCUUUAAGCGGGGCGUCCUAUAUUUGUCCAAAGGGACGGACUGUGUUGGCUUCAUGGUGGGCGAUUAUCGGUUGCUGUAACUGGUUGGUGCAUUUAAUUGCAGGGUUGCAUAAUCAUGGUUGGGAAGAGAAUUAUAGCCAUCUGUCAGUCAGGUGGUGAAUUUGAGUCCAACCCAGAAGGUUUAUUGUCUUAUAGAGGUGGUGAUGCUCAUGCUAUGGAGAUUGAUGAUAAAAUGAAGUUUAAAGAUUUCAAGUUAGAGGUAGCAGAGAUGUUUAGUUGCAAUCUUGGUACCUUGGCCAUCAAAUAUUUCCUUCCUGGAAAUAAGAAGACCCUUAUCAGCAUUUCAAAUGACAAAGAUCUCAAGCGCAUGAUCAAUUUUCAUAAUGACUCUGACUCUGCCGAGAUAUAUGUUAUGACAGAAGAAAUUGCUGCCCCUGAUGUGUCCCACAUGCCGGGCAGUAGGUCUAGUAGGACAACUUUGUCAGAAGCUGAGGUUCCUGUUGAUGCUUCCCCAAGUAUGGUGGACAAUAUUGUGGGUGACAUAAACAAGCCUGAUCUCCUGCUUGGUGCAGCUUUUGAUGUGGUUGGUGAUACUAACCAUGAUGAGGCUCAAACAGAGAUACCAAGUGAAAUGCCUAUAUCCAGCGAGAUGCCCAUAUCCGGUGAUUUGCCUUUACCAAUUUCUUUCACUGCUUCGUAUGAUGAAAAGCAUACUAAAGCUGCACAACAGUGGCAGAACAAUAUCACUGGUGUGGGUCAAAGGUUCAAUAGUGUUCAUGAAUUUCGUGAGGCCUUGCGAAAAUAUGCCAUCGCACAUCAGUUUGCUUUUAAGUACAAGAAGAAUGAUAGCCAUCGUGUGACUGUAAAGUGCAAGGCUGAGGGCUGUCCGUGGAGAAUACAUGCAUCCAGAUUGUCAACCACCCCGCUCAUUUGUAUAAAGAAAAUGAAUCCAACACAUACAUGUGAAGGUUCGGUGCUGGCUACUGGUUAUCAAGCCACAAGAAGUUGGGUUGCUAGUAUCAUUAAGGAGAAGCUGAAGGUUUUCCCAAACUACAAACCGAAGGACAUUGUUAAUGACAUCAAGCAGGAAUAUGGAGUCCAGCUGAAUUACUUUCAGGCGUGGAGAGGCAAGGAGAUUGCUAAGGAACAGCUUCAGGGUUCUUAUAAAGAGGCAUAUAGUCAGUUACCACUUUUCUGUGAGAAGAUAAUGGAAACAAAUCCAGGAAGUCUAGCCACUUUCACCACUAAAGAAGAUUCAAGUUUUCAUCGCCUGUUUGUUUCUUUUCAUUCUUGUCUAUAUGGCUUUGAACAAGGUUGCCGUCCUUUGCUUUUUCUGGACAGUAUCUUUCUGAAGUCAAAAUAUCAAGGCUCUUUAUUGGCUGCUACUGCUGCUGAUGGGGAUGAUGGAUUUUUUCCCGUUGCUUUUGCUAUUGUAGACAUGGAAUCGGAUGAAAACUGGCACUGGUUUUUACAACAACUUAAGACUGCACUACCAAUGUGUCGUGGAUUAACUAUUGUAGCAGAUAGGGAGAAAGGAUUGAGAGAGUCAAUUGCUGAAAUUUUUCAGAAUGAGGAUGUUUAUCAUGCAUUUUGUCUUCGCUAUUUAUCAGAACAACUUCUUAGAGAUUUGAAUGGGCAAUUCUCGCAUGAAGUAAAGAAGCUUAUGGUUGAAGAUCUUCGCAGUGCAGCUCAUGCCUCUACGCCUGAAGGCUUCCAGAGGCAUGUGGAAAGCAUAAAAAAUAUAUCAGUCGAAGCAUAUAAUUGGGUGAUGCAAAGUGAGCCUGUUCACUGGGCGAAUGCGUUUUUCCAGGGUGCAAGAUACAACCAUAUGACAUCCGACUUCGGGGAGCAGUUUUACAGUUGGGCAUCAGAUGCACAUGAAUUGCCCAUAACCCAGAUGGUUGAUGCAAUACGUAAUAGGAUUAUGGAAUUGAUAUAUUCCCGGCAGACACAAUCUCUGGAAUGGCUAACGAGGUUGACUCCAUCAAUGGAGGAAAGGCUUGACCAGGAAAGCCUCAAGCUCAGGAAUCUUCAAGUGUCAAUAUCAGGCGGUAACAGAUUUGAGGUUUGUGGAGAUACGAUUGAAGCUGUUGAUAUCGACAGUUGUGAAUGUACUUGUAAGGGUUGGCGGCUAACAGGGCUGCCUUGUUGCCAUGCAAUUGCGGUUAUAGGUUGUCUAGGCCGUCAUCCGCAUGAGUUUUGCUCUAGAUACUUCACAAUUGACAGCUAUAGAAUAACAUACUCACAGUCGGUGAAUCCUAUUACUAGCGUAGAGGGUACAUGGCAGAAGGGUACUUCUCAGUUGGCGGUGACAGUAACUCCUCCUCCAACUCGUCGCCCACCUGGCCGGCCUACUACCAAGCGAGUUAGCUCUCAAGAUGUAGGGAGGCGCCAACUCCAGUGCAGUAGAUGCAAAGGUACUGGACACAACAAGUCGACUUGUAAAGAGUUUUUGUUGGAGUGUUAGGUAUAUUUUCUUGAUUUCUGCAGCACACUCUAGAUUUUCUUUUUAUUGUUCUUGAUCAUACUGUGACUAGCUUUUCCUGCUAAAUCUCAAUAAUAGGAAUAGAGUUGAUUCAGUGCAUCCCACCUCUUCCCAAGAGUUAGUCAUUAGCAUGAUUCAUUCAUUCAUUUGGCAUAAUUAACAUCUCCUUGUUUUGAAAUGGGUUUGAAGAAACUGACUCAUUCCAUUUUCUUGAUUGACCAUUUUAACGUUAUAGGUUGCGUUUACUUUGAUGGAUAAGAAGAAGACAUUUAAAGGCAUAAAUUUGUGUUAUCCAUCAUUUUCCAUGAAUAAAUUUAUUCAUCAAAGUAAACGCAGCAAUAGUCGAAAAGAGUUGGGACAAUGGAUGGAAUCACCUACUUUUGUGUAAUUAUUUGAUAUCCGCCAAAAAAGAAAGUAACCUCAUUUUGUGCUACGGAAGUAGAGCUUCAGUUUUCCUGCCAUGAAAUAAUAAUUCAGUUCUGGACGAAUUAUUAAUUUUAAAUUCUUUUUUAUAUGCGGUUCAUGAAUAUAUUUUAAAUUUAAGUCCAUUGAAUCUGCAUUCGUGUAUGAUCAAAUAAUUUAAUGAAAACUGGAUUCAAAACCAACAUGGACGUGUAACAAUAAUCUACAACUUUUGAAUUGCAAUAGCAACGCAAUUUACAUUAUCAUUGUUAGAAUUUUUGUCCUACUGUUUUAGUAUUUAUUUAGAAACAAGUGAUAUGCUAGUAUCAUUUACGAGCACCGACUCUGAUCAUUGUUGAUAUGUAGUCUAUAGUAGCAUUAAUUUUCUCUUAUAUUUCAUAAAUUAUCAUCAAAAUAAUUAAAUUGAUAAAAUUUACCUUUCGACUAAAGAAGAUUUUAUAUAUAUAUUUAAGAUUUUGACAAAAAAAAAAAUUAUUUCAUAAAGGGACAAAACAGUUUGAUGGAUCUUGAUCUGUCACAAGAUCUUUAUAUCCAGAUCCAUCACUAAUAUGAAAUAAAGACACAUUCCAAUGGAUUUAGACGCAAAAUUUCUGCCUAUGAAAUAAAAGAGUAUAUACAGUACCAUAUAUCUAUUAUAUUUAAAGUUUGAAAUUAUUGUACUUACAAAUUUGAAUGUAUAAUUUGGCAAAUUUUGAUCCAGUCUUAGGCAAAUUUUUAUGUUGGAGUGCUUGUAGCGUUGAAAUAUAGAAGUGUUUAAAGUAAAAGAAGAGGGUGACGUACAAGCUAUACUAUAAUGAAGUACCACAUGUCAUAGUCUUAGUAGUAAGGGUGGAUAUUUUGUACUAUGCUGCUUGGCACUUGUACUAUUAGAGAAGGAAGUACUUGUUGUAUUUCAUCAAUAAUUCUCUACCAGAAAAUCCUCACACAACACAAUGUAAAAGUAAAUUAAAUAGUGUAUAAAUAGGUAGCGGCCCAAAUUGAUCAUCAUUGCAAGACUAGGACAUUUUUGUCAUCUUAUUUCAUAUUCAGCAUAUACAGAAAAUGGAGGCGAAGAAGAAGAGCAGAGCAGAGCAGAGGUAAUUUAUAUAUGUAUUGUGAAAGUUUAAAGAGAUGAGCGAGCUAAUGAAGGAGGAGACGGGGACGAGACAGAGCAUGGGAUGGACCUCUCAACACCAUACAUGGUGUUGUUGCCCUUUCCAUGCACUGCCUCUUCCCUGGCUCCUCUCUCUCUCUCAAUUUCAUUUCAUUUUUGAUUGGUUAAAUCUAUGUUGCUGGUGUGAAAGCCAUAUCAUGUACACCAAAAAAUUACUGAUGAUUUAUAGGAUUUGUAAUGCAUUUGUGUAAAAGUCUCACUCUGUUUAUGAAUCAGAUGCCAAACAUAUUAAAUUAUUACUGUGUCUCACUGAUUAGGGGCAUUAAUCUCAAAAUUUGACAUUCUCUAUACCUAAAUAUUAACAUUGGGACGGAUCAAUCAUCAAUUCCUCUUUCUUAUGAUCACUAGUACGCCCAUCUGCAUUGCGAAUAUUGAAAUUCAACUAUAUAUUUAAAUAAGUAUAAAUAUUAAAUACAAUUACUCAAUAAAAUUCAAAAUUUAAAAAUGUAAAUUUUCAACUUUGUACUAAGUGUAAUAAUAAUUAUAGUUAUUAAAUAAUUUUAAAUUAUUUGAUAAUGAAAAUUAACAUUACUCAUUUUUAUAGAGUAUUACACGUCAUAAUAAAAAGAAUAUUUUCAUAUAUACACAACAAAAUAAAUAAAAAGUUAUAAAUUUUUAACGAAAAGAGAGAAAAUAUGAAAAGAGCAAUUGGCUUAUUCUCAACGGUACUCUUUUCUAUUCUUUUUCACUCUGUAUUUACAUCGUUCUUCGUCUUUUUUUCAUUUCAAAAAAAUAGAAAUUAAAAUUGAGCAACCAAUAAAAUCAUGCGUCGUCGCUGGGGAUUUCAAACUCUUAUUUCGGCGCCUUUUCGUCAUUUUCUCAAGAAUCAAACGCCUUCACUCUGGUGGGUCUUGAGGGGAUCAAUUUGUUCAAGAUGAUGAAGUGAUCGAGAUACCUACUCUUCUGAAGACGAUCAAGCAAUGCUCAUUGUUGCCCGAGGCAAUGCUCAACGCCAUUAAGGAAGUCGAUCAAAAGGCCUUUGUGUAUUGGGGAGAAAUCGCGAAGAAAUACAACGAUCAACAACCUCCAAACAUUAUUCCACGCCACAACAAGCAACUCAUGUCGCAUUUUUACGUGUCCAAAAGAACGUCACGGUUUGAGAGGCUAUAUACAAAACUGCCGAGCAAAUUAGUGAAGUGGCAUGAGUGAUGAGCAAAUCAUUUAUCAAAACGAACACACGGUCAAUUCAAAUACCCAGGGGCUUGGCAUAUUAUUUGCGAAUCUCAAAGAUUCGCAUCAACCAGCAAUGACAUCCAUUAUUUGAAGCAUUCUAAGGGCUCCGAUGAAGGGUACAUGGCGACAUCUUCCGAUCGAACAUCACGACGAGGCCUAUACGCCAAAAGGCGGCCAAGCGACAUAAGAAAAAGGUAAGCAAGUCGAGUCGUUGGCGAAAUGGGAGAAAGACAAAAUACGCCAAGACCAUGGAAAACAUGGCAAAAUGCAUGAACAUUUUCAAUCAAUUUCAACGCGACCUAGUCGACUUCCAAAUCAUGAGCAAGGAUACGUUGAAAAUGGGCCCGACAGAAUGGGCUUUUCACAACAAUUUGUUUGCGAAAAAUUACGCACUACGAGGAUGGAAUAUGUAAUUUUUUUUUAUUUGUUGUAAUCGAUUUUUUAUAUUGUAUGUUUUUUAAUUAAGUUAGAAUUUUAUUUAAUUAUAAUAAAAAUUUGUUGUUAAAUUCAA